CCGGGGGUGCGUGUGGGGUUGGGGGACUCUAUUGUGCGGGGAAACACACCGAGGCAAUUGCCUUCUUGGGACAGCAGCUCGCCCACCCAACCCCCGGCUCCGGACGGUUGAAACCGGCCGCCGCAGAGGUGGAAGGUGCAUGUGAGGCAGUCCUUGUGGUCAUAUGGCGAGAAUGGUGGCGGGAGAUCUUCUGCCGAGUGCAGGGACGGUAGCUGGCAGGGCGGAAAAGAACAAAUUCACAGCUGUUCCUGGGAUCAGGGCAUGAAUUGUAGCGCUGGAUCCAAAAUGGCCCCCCGGGGUAGGUACUGAUGAGAUGGCAGCGUCCAGUGUGAGAAAGCCAAGCCCGUAAGCUUGGGAACGAAGUAUUGUUGAUUCCGAAUCCGUGCAAAAUACAAAAACCGCACUCACUCAACUACCGCCAAAACCAAAAAACACGAUAAACGACAAUUAUGGCGGAAUCAGAGCUCAAAGAGUUCUUCACCUCUGGCGACAAGGGUCUCGAGCCCGAUGUCCUCUCCGAGCUGCAGUCGAUCAUGCGACUGCAUGAGCUGUCUGCCGAGGACCUCUUCUACAAAUGGGAGUCUUUCUGCAUCAAGAUGGAUAUGGAUGCCAUGAACCCCGACAUCGUGCAUGUGCGCAACUUCAAAAAGGACAUCCAGGAUGCAUUGGAGAAGAGCAACCAGCAGCAGACACACAUCAAGACAGAGAAGCGCAGCCACGGCACUCCCCGCUCUGGCAGAGGCGGCGAUGUCUUCGGCAUGCUGGAUGGAUUGGUGCCGAGCACGCCUGGGUCAGGGAAGUUGAACAAACCGAACAGCCUGCGGAAAAAGGCCCAUGAGACACCGACCAUGUCGCGUGUUAAGGCGGAAAUUCCCUCCAGUUCGCCGGACUACAAGGGGGCGUCCAAGAUGGAGGAGCAGUUGAACUCCAUGCAGCCUCCAAGCUCUUUCAACGACCGACACAACGCUGGCGAGAUCGUUGAAUUGCUGAACGACCACCUCGACCCCCCCGAACCACCGAUCUGCCCCUACUCGGAACCUCGCAUCAAGCUGACGGCAGCCUCCGACCAGAAAAAGCUUGGUUACAAACCGCUGGCUAUGAAGCUGUCCGAGGCGUCCGAGAUCCUCGACGACAGGAUAGACGAGUUCAUGCAUAUUGUCCAGGAGUACCACAAGCUAGACUUUUCAGAGUUUGGCAAUGCAGCGAAUCAGAGCACCACUGAGGUGAUUGCCGUCGGGCGUAUCGCCUCAGACGCCCCGGAGGGCAAGCUCAAUGCAGCGUCGCUGGUGUUAGAGAUGUCAAGACGAGUAGGCGGUGGCCUGAGGAUUCCCCUGAACAUGCGAAACAAGGGAUACAGCUUCUUCCCUGGUCAAGUCGUGGCCCUCAAGGGCAUCAACACAUCAGGAAACGAGUUUGUAGUCGAGGAAGUCCUCGAAGUACCACUGCUUCCGAACGCUGCUUCAACACCAGCCGCCCUGGUCGCACACCGCGAGAAACUCCGAGGGGACCCGGACGCCAUGGAUACAGACUCAGAACCCGCCCCCCUGAGCAUCAUCUACGCCUCAGGCCCGUACACAGCAGACGAUAACCUCGACUUUGAGCCACUACAAGCUCUGUGUGACCAGGCGGCCGACAAAUACGCGGAUGCUCUUGUCAUGACAGGGCCUUUCAUCGACAGCGAGCACCCUCUGAUUGCCACGGGUGACUUUGAUCUCCCGGAGGAAGCGGCUAUCGACCCGGACAGCGCCACGAUGUCGGCCGUCUUCAAGUAUAUGUUCUCCCCCGCUCUGAAUCGUCUCGUCUCCGCCAACCCUAGUAUCACCGUCCUCCUUGUGCCCUCGGUACGCGACGUCAUAGACAAGCAUGUCUCGUGGCCGCAAGACUCCGUCUUGAAGAAGGAGCUGGGCCUCCCUAAAACGGCGAGGAUUGUCACCAACCCCAUGACGCUGUCGAUGAAUGAGAUGGUCAUGGGUAUAUCGUCACAGGACAUCCUCUGGCAGCUGCGGCAUGAGGAACUAGUCGGCGGCCGUCCCUCGGACCCGUCAUUAUUGUCGAGACUCAGCAGGCACCUGCUCGAGCAGAGGCAUUUCUUCCCGUUGUUCCCGCCGACGGACCGCCCCAAGCUGCCCAAGACGGGGACAGAAGAGGGCAUACCCCCGGGUGCCAUGCUGGACCUCAGCUACUUGAAGCUGGGCGAGAUGGUCAACGUUCGGCCUGACGUACUGGUCGUGCCCAGCUUUCUUCCUCCGUUCGCCAAGGUCGUCGAGAGUGUCCUAGUUAUCAACCCCGGCUACCUGUCCAAGAGGCGCGGCGCCGGCACUUACGCGCAGCUGACGCUCUUCCCGCCGAAGGCCGAGGCAGGCCAGGCGGAAACAAUGGUUAGCCACGGCGUGUUCGAGCGCGCGCGGGUGGAAAUCAAGAGGAUCUGAAGCGCGUUACGAUGUCUACGAUGACAGUUCCGUUGGGUGUCUGGGUAUAUUUGGCGUCGCUCGUAGUGAGCCUGGUAGGAUACGCUCUAAUACAACUUGAAUGUAACGCAAUUACGAGCCCACACGCCGUCGCUUGUCAGCAUCGUGGCGGUCUCUCUCGCGGGACGGACUGCGCUUUCGCCUGUCACUGUAGUCGUCUCGCGAGUCGCGGCGCGGGGACCUCGACCUUGACCGAUCCCGACGGCGGUAAUCAUCGCGAGAGCGGUACCUGCCAUCUCUGUCCUUCGAACCAUCGUCUCUGUAUCCGUCUGACCGGCCACCCUUUGGAGCGUCUGGUGCUUUGCGAUCCCCCAAGGGAAUGGCAUUCGCACCGUUGACCUCGCGGUCGUUGUCCGGUCGGAACCGUUCAUCCACAUCAUGCCUGUUGAAGCCCCUUCGGUCACUCCCUCCACGGCGAUCGUCAAACUCUCCCCACCGACCGGUAUCUUCGCUCUUAAGGUCCUUGUAUUUUGUCGCACCUUUCCUGCCCAACUUCGUCAUGUCGCGCUUCUGCAGGUAUUCCGGAAGCGCACUGCGGUCUUUGACAUCAUCCGCAAUCCGCAUGCCCAUGAUAUCACGCUUAUCCAGGCCGUACGCCUUGGCCUCGUCGCUGUAGAACGCUCCCUUGUGAUAGUACUUUUGCAGGUACGACAUCUUGCCCUUGGCGUCCUUCUCCUCCUGCUGCCGCGCGAGCUUCUCAGCGUCCUCGGCAUCGCGCUCCUCCUGCGUCAGGUUCUGCCGCCGCUCGCGCUCGGCGUACUCGGCCUCCUGCUCGGCGAUGCGGUCGCGGUCGCGCUUUACACGCUUCAGCUCCCGCAGCUUCCACGCCGCCAGCUCCGCCUCCGGGUCAAGGUCAUCCGUCGUGUCGACGUCCGAGCCCGACGCCUCAUCGUCGUCCCAGUGCUUCUUACCCGCUGCGCGCGCUGCGAGAUCCUUUUUUAUCUGCUCCUCGACGAUUGCGUCCGCGGCGGCCUUGCGGCGGGCUUCCUCCUCAGCAUACCGCGCAUCGUCGUCCUUUGCUCCACCGGAUUGUUCUUUGGUUGCAUUGCGUUGGUUCUUGGGGAUGAAUUUCGGUCGGAUCAUGAGACGGCGGGGGGCUUCUUCUUCGCUGGAGCUCUCCUCUUCGCUGGAACUUUCCUCUCCUUCGCCAUCGACGGCUUCCUCUUCCUCUUCUUCCUCCGUCACGAAGCCCUCUUCAGCGGCGAGCCGUUCUGCCUUUUCGCGUGCUAUUCUCUGGUUCUCUUUUUCCUGUGCCUCGCGUCUGCGCUCGUCGAGAUUGACCUUGCUGAGGCUACCAGCGAUCUUGGCGGCGCUCGAAGCUUUUGGUGGCGGUGGAAUCGCUCUGGCCUGGGUCUCGGCCUCGUUGGUCUCAUCAUCGCUGCCAUCCGAAUCCGAGUCCGAGGCCUCUGGUGCGGCAGGCUUGCCGGCGCGGUACCGGGCCGGCUUGACGGGGUUUGCUGUCAUGCGCUUCGGCGGCAUGAUGGUGGUUGUGCCGGAGGAAUAUGGAAGGGAGAUGGACGAUGUUGAAAACUAGAGGUGCAGCUCCCUAGAAUCCGGCGUCAUACGCUCAGGUCAGUCAGUCAUGUUUGAUUUCUUACACUGUGGGUCA